AUGCCACCAGACAUACCAAAGGAAAGAUUCUCGAGUAAUAUUGAUGGUCAACAUCUUGCUCUCGCUUCAAACAGUCGUGCACAACAAGAAGAUGAAGAGGAAGAAGCUACAAAAGCGGCUGCCUCAUCAACAAGUAGAAUCAGCGCCACCGCCAGUACUACAACAGGAGCCGAUGAACAUCAAAGCUCUAGUUUUUCGAACCGUGGCUCCAGUAAAAGUCAUGGUCAUGCUGAAAAGAUGUUCGACUUUUUCAGGCAGCUUCCAGACGUUGACGCAUCAACUGCAGCAUUAGAUGCCAGCGUGCAUGAGCACUACAAAAUGCACCUCGUGGAUUACGACCUAACUGCAGGAGACGGAGGUGCAAAACUAAGCGCGAAAGAAUUUGCAUCUUGCCCGCCGGCGCCCCCGUAUCCUCGGCAAAAGUAUCGUCCUCGUCGUCGUGUAUAAUCUUCAGUUGCAAGAACCCAGCAUGUGACAGGGCUGCUUGUUCCGACAUCUUCUCGGAGUCAGCAACACAAAUUUUGCAGUUUUUGGCUUACGAGAAUAUUAGUAUUUGUAAUGCAAUUUGAACGAAGACGAAGUAGCACGACACUCUUGCCAACAUGUCGAUACCCCUCCUAGCGAAAUCGACUACUCCUCCUGGAAAGAAGAUGACUUCGAUCUGGAUGCUGAAAUACCCUGGAUGCGGCAGGAACAUCAUGAGUAUCAGGCACUGCCGGACAUCGCGCCACCCUUCGUGCGCGAGCGGAACGACUUGUAUCAGGAAAUGUGUGAGCGCUAG